AUGAGAGUACAGAGUCUCAUUCUGUGGAUAUUUAUGUUUUAUCAAACAUCACUUGUCACGGCUCUCCCCGUUUACGAUAAUGGCAAUGGCCUGGAGUAUGUCGUGCUGGAGAAACGAAAUGUUUUCACUGAUUUGGGAAACAAGAUUAAGGCUGCAUUUCAACCCGUCACCAACUUUUUUAAUCGCGUAUCAAAAGCCCAAAAACAGUCUAGUUUAAAUGCUGGCACUGGAUCGAACCCACUGGAUAACGUCAGUGGUGUUAAAGAUGAUGGUAAAGAUGCUGAUAAAACUUCAAAAGAAUUCAAGCCUAUGUUUGAUACUGCUGCUGAUGAUGAUCCUCCACCACCACCAGUUGCUAAACCCAAACCAUCAAAAAGUAAAAUCAAAUCACUAGAAGCUGAAUUCAAAACAUCGACAGUUAUACCUGCAAUUAGACCUGCAUCUAAAUUUAUAGCAUCUCCCACUGACGAAUCGCAGGUAAAAGCUAUUAGUCAACCAUCACCCGUUCAUCCACUAUCAUCCAAUAGUCAAUCAUCAUCCAAUACUCGAUCAUCAUCCAAUACUCAAGUAGCACACCAGACAAUCACUCAAUCAAUAACUUCUGACAAUCAAACUCCGUUCAUCAUCACUCCAUCUUCACAAAACAAGUUCAUAGCUCCACAAGUUUCCGUCUCAGAAGUCCCUCAGGCACCCAUUACUUCAUCAUUACAACAUCCAUCUCAGUCUCCAAUGGUCAAUCACCCAUCUCAGUCUCCAAUGGUCAAUCACCCAUCUCAGUCUCCAAUGGUCAAUCACCCAUCUCAGUCCCCAAUGAUCAAUCAUCCAUCUCAGUCUCCAAUGGUCAAUCAUCCAUCUCAGUCUCCAAUGGUCAAUCACCCAUCUCAGCCCCUAAUAGUCGACAAUUCUUCCAAUGAUAUAACAUCGACGGCAUUAAACCACAAAAAGACAAAUCAUGUCCCACAAGUAUCGGAUAAAUCGGAAGUGAUGGAAAGUCAAACCACAUCAAAUAACAUUCAUUCAUCCUCUUCCCAGCAUUCACAUCCAGCACCUAAAAACGAGCCAAUUGAAAAUCAAAGUAGAACUACUCACACACCAUCUAUAAAUGCUGUAUCCAAGACAGACCGCGAUGGGAUUGAGGAAUUGGAUACACGUAAAAAUAUUGCAGGUACACACGAACGCCCCACUGAUAUAAACGAUACUAGCGUUGAUACAGAACUAAGCUGA